AUGCCACCGAAAAGAAAAUACAAUGAUGAAUACAUUAAAUUUGGUUUUACCAAUAUUACGGUGAAUAAGGAAGUAAGACCACAGUGCGUGAUUUGUACAACAGUUCUCAGUAAUGAUGCACUAAAACCUGCAAAAUUUGAACGACAUUUGAAGACAGUCCACCUAAAUUUUAGUGAUCGUUCUCGAGAAUUCUUUGAAGGUAAGAAGGAAAUCUUUAAAAAAAUGAAACUUGGGACAAGUGGUACGAGAUUUGAAACCUCUGAAAAAGUGCAUCAUACCUCAUAUGUGAUCUCCCUAUUAAUUGCAAAAUCUAAAAAACCUCAUACUAUUGGUGAAACUUUGAUUAAAUCGUGUUUGUUGAAAACCACAGAAGAGAUUUUAGGUAAGGAAGCAGCAAAAAAAAUACAAGACAUUCUUUUAUCAAAUAACACUGUAAAAUCGCGAAAAGGAAAUAUGUCACAAGACAUUGAAGAACAGCUUAUAUGCCUCAUAAAAAAUCUCCCUGGUUUGCUCUUCAGUGUGACGAAAGUACGGAUGUAGCACAAUGUUGUUAAUUGCUAAUCUUUGUUCGAUUUUUAAGUGGAGAUAAUACAAUAAAAGAAGAAUUAUCACAAGUAUUAGAAACUACGUCAAGAGGGGUUGAAGUUAUGAAAAUAAUUCUUGAUUAUUUUGAAAAACAUAAACUAAUGUGGGAAAAUCUUGCUGGAUUUUGUACCGAUGGCGCUCCUGCUAUGCUCUUGUCACGUUCAGGUUUAGCUACAUUGGUAAAACAAAAAAAUCCAACCACAUUAACUACACAUUGUAUUAUACAUCGUCAAACGUUGGCGUCCAAAACAUUACCAAAAGACCUAGCUUUUGCGAUGAAAAUAUCCAUACAGUUAGUGAAUGCUGUUAAAAAUAGUGCACUCAAUACACGUGUUUUUCAAAAAUUAUGUGCAAAUAUGGACGCUGACCAUGAAACAUUACUAUUUCAUACUGAAACAAUUUAUAAUAUAAAGCAAUCACGAGCGAAAUAA